AUGUCUCGUUUACAAGUGUGCAGAGUAUGCUUGGCACACCAUAGCCGUAUGUAUUCAAUAUUGAAUGGACCACUUCAAAAGAUUUAUACAAAUAUCACUGAAAUUCCGCUUGUAAUGGGUGACAAAUGGCCAACAUGCUUAUGCUACAUUUGCUAUCAUAUGAUUAGAAGAUUGCACAAGUUUAUAGAUAAAUCACUAAAGGCAAACAAGCUCUUGUUGCAACUCAUCAGUUCCGACUCCGAGAUCACCAUAGACACACUAAAUAUGAUUUUGAAGCAACAACCUGAUAUCUCUUGGAAGUUUUCCGUGUCACCAAUGCAGAGUAUUAUGCCUUUAGACUCAGAAGAGGUUAAACUGGAGCCUACUUUCAAUAUUGAAAUAGUGAAGUCUGAAAUGGAUGUUGAGGAGAUGCAAGAUCAAAAUGAAACAGGAGUGAAACAUAAGCUGCCUGCCAAUAAAAUGAACAAGGAAAACCAACUCAAGCCCCCAAUAGCGUCAAUAAAAACCGAAGGAAACAUGGCAACGGAAAUAGAAGCUCAACUUGGUAAUCCAAAUAUAAUUACAGAAUUCCAAAAUAAAGAUUCCGUGAUCACCAUGGACCCACUAAAUAUGACUGUGAAGCAAGAACCUGAUAUCUCUUGGAAGUUUUCCAUGUCCCCGAUGGAGAGUAUUAUGCUUUUAGACCCAGAAGAGGUUAAACUGGAGUCUACUUUCAAUAUUGAGAUAGUGAAGUCUGAAACGGAUGUUGAGGAGAUGCAAGAUUAUAUUAAUACAGAAGCAAAACGACCCAAGAAAUGUAAGCUGACCAGUGAAAUUAGCGAGAACAACCAACUCAUGCCUCCAACAGCAUCAAGAUCAACCGAAGAAAACACGGGAAUAGAAAAAUUCUGAAAUUAACCCCAUAACUAACCAAAAUUAUACUAACACUCGUGAAAUAUACUUAAAUGAUAAAUACAAAUUAGAGGACAGUAUAGGUUCUGCAAUGACAAGCAACGAUGGGCAUUCGAUAAAUAAACGCGAUAGGAAGACUGACCAGAAAGAAAGACAGUACAACUGUAGUAUCUGUGAUAAAAGAUUUACUAGAAGUUGUGAUUUAUCCAGACAUCAAAGGAUUCACACGGGAGAGAAACCGUAUAAAUGUGAAGUCUGUGAUAAGAGAUUUACUAAAAGCUAUCAUUUAUCCACACAUCAAAGAAUUCACACCGGAGAUAAACCUUAUAAAUGUAACAUCUGCGAUAAAAGAUUUACCGCAAGUAGUUCUUUAUCAAAUCAUCAAAGAAUUCACACCGGAGAGAAACCUUAUAAAUGUAACGUCUGCGAUAAAGGAUUUACUGAUGGUGGUAGUUUAUCCACACAUCAAAGAAUUCACACGGGAGAGAAACCAUAUAAAUGCAACGUCUGCGAUAAAAGAUUUACAAGUAGUGCUAAUUUAUCCAGACAUAAAAGAAUUCACACCGGAGAGAAACCUUAUAAAUGUAAAGUCUGCGAUAAAGGAUUUACUGAUGGUGGUAGAUUAUCCACACAUCAACGAAUUCACACGGGAGAGAAACCUUAUAAAUGCAACGUCUGCGAUAAAAGAUUUACAGGUAGUGCUAAUUUAUCCAAACAUAAAAGAAUUCACACAGGAGAGAAACCUUAUAAAUGUAACGUCUGCGAUAAGAAAUUUACUCAAAGCAGUGCUUUAUCCACACAUCAAAGAAUUCACACUGGAGAGAAACCUUAUAAAUGUAACGUCUGCGAUAAACAAUUUACU